GUCAACGUCAACUUGAAGAUAAGCUUUUAGUCAUCCAUCUCAUCUUUUCUCCGUAAAAUAAAUAAAUAAUUUUUCCAUAAACUUUAUUUCGUGCUCAACCAUAAAAUUAUUCUUUAUUUGUGUUUAGGGUUAAGGUGAAAUAGAUAAUGGUGUGUGACGGACCUGACCCGCCGGAAAACAAUCCUCAGGAGCUAACCCCGCCUCCGAGACACGAGCUGAUGAUGACAGGAACCAUGCCAGAAGAUAGCGAUGAUGAAAAUGAAUACUUUGGAUAUUUACCCUUGUCUCAAGCACCAGAGAACGCUAUGACAGACCACGACAGUGAUGAUGAGGAGACCAGCAAUGCGAGUCCCGUACCAGCUAGCGACCUGCCUCCAAUAGAACCAAUGGAUGCGGCUCUAGUGCGAGAAGUGUGGAGCACUCCUCAAGCAGACACAAUCCAGAUGGACAAUGAGCGUGCUAGACAGGUAAUGAAUGCUAUGGCCAAUUUCGCACUGCCAAUGUCCUCCAUACCGGAAUGGGCUCAGAGCAUAUCAGAGGAACAAUGGAAGCAGACUCUACAAGACAAGAUUGACAGGUUGAGAAAUAAUAGAUAAUUUGUGUAGAUUUGUAUUUAGGAUAUUACAAAGGAGACUUUAUGUAAUAAUGGAUGUAAGACAAAUAAAUCAAUUAACUAAUGUAAGCUAUAACCAUAUGUGUAGUUAGAAUUAGAGAUCAAAUUACGGUGGUUGUAAAAAUCUGGUUCAAUAUUCAUAAUACUGAGUUCAAAAACUAUAUGUAUACCUAAUUAUAUAAGACAUAGAACCAUAUGUGAGAAUUAAUGGUGUUGAAAGUCUAAUUAUAUAGUUAAAAACCUUUCACUGUGCUGCAUCUUUACAUAUAUACAUAAAGCCAAGUCAUGUCUAUAUCCCUUGCAGGGUAGACAGAGCUAACAUUCUCGAAAAGACUGAAAUGCCACGUUCUGCUGUAUGGCUUUAUGAUGGGAUUUAGAAGUAGUGACAGGUUGCUAGCCCAUUACCUACAAGAGGAAUCCCAAGUUUAUAAGAAUAUCCGUUAGUCGCCUUUAACGAUAUACAUGGGAAAGAUAUGGAGUGGUUCUAUUCUAUAAUGCCAGAAACCACAAGGCGGCCGUAUCUUUAAAGUUUCGAAAUGAAGGUUUUCAAUUGCUAGUUAUGAAAUGAAAGUAAAAAAAUGUCAACACAAUACUUAUUUAUUAUUUUACUUACAUAUUUAUUUAAUUACAUGACAGUCUGUGCACAUUUUGUAUAAGUUAUUAAUUUCCAAUGAAAUAGAACAUACCUAUGAUAGGUACUUAAACUUCCUCUUAAUAUGGCAACACACUCAAAUUGCUACAUACAAUAUGUUGCACGUUAUUAGUAACCAAAUUACAAUGAGUAAGAGAAUUUUAUAUAUAGAAACUGAUUUGAUUGUGUUAUAAAGAGAAAAACUUAAUCACAGAUAAGUUUACUUUAAAAUAAAACAAUAUAUAUUUA